AUGCUGACCCCUGACCUGGAGACCCUAAGAGCUGUGCUGGACGGGCUGGAUGUGCUGCUGGCCCAGAAGGUUCGCCCCAGUGGGCGGAAGCUGCAAGUGCUGGAUUUACGGCAAGUUGGUCAGAAUUUCUGGAGCUUCUGGAGCGUGUGGUCUGCAGCCCCUGUGAGGCCCUCACGGGCCAUGAGUCUGAGGGAAACGGAGGCCGACUGUCCAUGCACAGGAAGGCAGCGGCCACUGAAGGUUGUCGUAGACUUGCGUUAUAGCAUCGAAGAUGGCAUCACACGUGAGUUUCUCAUGUAUGCCUGUGACUGGGCCCAGCAGAGGAAGGAUUUAGUACACCUGUGCUGUAAGCGGUUGGAUCUUUAUGUUUGGAAUUUUGAUAAAGUCAGGAAGUUUCUGGAAAUGGUGGACCUGAACUGUAUCGAGGACAUUGAGGUGCACAUCUACUGCCACAGGGAUAGACUAGAACAAUUUGUCCCUUACCUUAUCCAGAUGAAGAGUGUUCGUAAUAUCAUCUUCCGCAACUUCCCGGGGUGGGGCCCCUGUUGCCCAAAGAUUGGGGAAGAAAUCAGGACCGCAAUGACCUCUACAUUCCUCAAGCUGGACAAGCUCCAGAAGCUUCAACUGAGGAGGAUCACCUUCGACGGGGACCAUCCCCCUCUAGACAGGUGCCUCAAGACCCCCUUGGAGUCCUUGACAAUUACUAAGUGCUGGCUUUCCGAAUGGGAAAUGGACCACCUGUUCCUGUGCCCAAGCAUGCACCAGCUAAAGGAGCUGGACCUGACUGGCACCGAAGUACAAGAUAUCCAUACCAAGACCCUCCAAACUCUACUGGAGAAAGUGGCAGCCACCCUGCAGGUCCUGAUCUUGGAGGACUGUCUGAUCAGAGACUUCCAGCUCAGUCACAUCCUACCUUCCUUAAGCCGCUGCCACCAGCUGAUGACCUUCAACUUCUGUGGCAAUCAAAUCUCCAAGGCUGCCCUAGAGAAUCUGUUGCGCCACACCCUCGGGCUGGGAAAGUUAAAGUCAGUGACAUACCCUGUCCCCCUCGAGUUGUUAUCAUGGUGA